GGGGGGGGGGUCGCUAGAAGGCGGCGAUUGCGUGUUUAAACGUAUUUCUUUACUAGUUGUACGUCUACAGCCGGCUUUAUGAGCUGUUAUUAGCUGGUGCAGUAAAUACGGCACGUUAUCGGUUAAAAGCGUGAAUUCGGAUGGGUUUGUUUUUAGUCUGCAGGUUCGGUCUCCCCUCCUGCUGUGCGCUUUAGACGUGAACUGAACUUCCCGUUGCGGGAGACAGACAGUGAGCUGAGCAGAGCAGAGCGGCGCGGCGGUGGUGGGGGGGAAACGGGAACCAGUGCUUACAGGGCGGCGCACAGGUUAAAGACGCUCGUUUGUUCCUUGGGGGAAAAAAGUAGCACUAGAAGUCGAAUGAUAUUUGUUCGCUUGACGGUUUAACUCGUGCCCAGACGCCGGUGACAGCGCGGUUUAGUUGUGCUGAGGCGGUUUAAUGGCACCCUCGAGUCGGUAGAGCUGUUUUCUUGUCGUCCCCCCGACGCAGGACCUUCGCUCGGUGUGACUCGGGCGCUGUUUCCUCACCGGGGGGUUUUAUUUUUUUUUGUCGAUUCCGCUGCUUGGACGUAAGAAAACAAGGCUUGUGCUCCCGGCCCCCUAACAGCGCUAUCACCGAUCACGCUGUCCGGGUCCGAGGAGCUGAAACAUGGCAGGAAAUCUGAAGAAAGGCGGCGGGCUGAUCGGCUUGAUGAAGGACGCGUUUCAGCCUCACCAUCACCUCCACCACUCCCAUCACCAGCCCGGGGCCGUGGACAAAAAGACCGUGGAGAAAUGUUGGAAACUCAUGGACAAGGUGGUGCGAUUAUGCCAGAACCCAAAGCUGGCUCUCAAGAACAGUCCUCCGUACAUCUUGGACCUGCUCCCUGAUACUUACCAGCAUCUUCGCACCAUCCUGUCCCGCUACGAGGGCAAGAUGGAGACGCUGGGUGACAACGAGUACUUCCGCGUCUUCAUGGAAAACUUGAUGAAGAAGACAAAGCAGACGAUUAGUUUGUUCAAGGAAGGCAAAGAGCGCAUGUACGAGGAGAACUCGCAGCCAAGGCGAAACCUGACCAAACUAUCGCUAAUCUUCAGUCACAUGCUGGCUGAGCUGAAAGCCAUCUUUCCCAACGGUCUGUUCCAAGGGGACAAUUUCAGGAUCACGAAGGCUGAUGCAGCAGAAUUCUGGAGAAGAUCCUUUGGAGACAAGACUAUCGUGCAGUGGAAGGUCUUCCGGCAAGCUCUGCACGAGUUUCACCCAAUCAGCUCUGGCUUGGAGGCCAUGGCCCUCAAGUCCACAAUCGACCUCACCUGCAACGACUACAUCUCUGUGUUUGAGUUUGACAUCUUCACCAGGCUUUUUCAGCCGUGGUCGUCUCUGCUGCGGAACUGGAACAGCCUUGCGGUGACUCACCCGGGAUACAUGGCUUUUCUCACUUACGACGAGGUCAAAGCUCGCCUGCAGAAGUUCAUCCACAAGCCUGGCAGCUACAUUUUCAGGCUGAGUUGCACACGUCUGGGCCAGUGGGCCAUUGGCUACGUGACUGCAGAUGGGAACAUCCUGCAAACCAUUCCCCAUAAUAAGCCUCUCUUCCAGGCUCUUAUCGAUGGCUUCCGGGAAGGAUUUUACCUGUUCCCUGAUGGCCGUACUCAGAAUCCGGACCUCACAGGGCUGUGUGAACCCUCGCCUCAAGACCAUAUCAAAGUCACACAGGAGCAAUACGAGCUCUACUGUGAAAUGGGCUCGACUUUCCAGCUGUGCAAGAUCUGCGCAGAGAACGAUAAGGAUGUGAAGAUCGAGCCUUGUGGCCACCUCAUGUGCACUUCUUGCCUCACUGCAUGGCAGGAAUCUGAGGGCCAGGGAUGCCCUUUCUGUCGCUGUGAAAUCAAGGGUACCGAGCCCAUUGUGGUAGACCCGUUUGACCCCAAGGACAACAGUGGAGGUUCCUAUGCGGGAUGCAGAGGCAUGUUCGGAGCAGAGGGUGCACCUUCACCGAGCUACGAUGACGACGACGACGACCGACUGGAGGACCCCCACCUCAUGAUGAGCAAGCUGGCUUGUACUAAAGUGGAGAGGCCUCCAUCCCCGCUGUCCAUGCCACCUCAAACAUCUUUGCCCCCAGUACCUCCACGUCUAGAUCUCAUCCCACAUAGACCACCUAACCCUCCAGGGGCCUCCAGCCCUGGGGCCACAUCUAAGGCUUCCGCACAUCACAAAGACAAACCGUUGCCUCUGCCUCCAGCUCUGCGAGACUUGCCCCCUCCUCCACCUCCAGAGCGGCCCCAUUCCGCCGGAGCUGAUAGCAGAAUCCUGAGACGGCCACUGCCGUGCACGCCUGGAGAACCGCCUCGUGAUAAACCUCCCCCUACCCCUCCCAACCGAAACAUGGCUGAUUGGAAUCUGCGCCCAGUCCCCAAAGCUCCCUCCCAGAUGCCUGGAGUAGGAGUAGAGACCCGUGGGUCUCGAGAGCUCUCUAACCGCCACUCCCUUCCGCUUGCCCUGCCUUCUGCGCUUGAUGGUCAGCGGAACAGCAACUCUGUCGGUGUUGAGCACCAGCUGAGUUUCGGUGCAACAGCCUCCGGUGGAUCCGAGUACGACAACCCGAAAGUCAAGCCGUCUGCAUCGGCCAAUGCCAUUUAUGCUCUUGCAGCCAGACCCCUUCCUGCAGUGAAGCAGCAUUCAGAAGAUGGCUGUGACGAUAAUGAGGAUUCGGACUACAUGUCUCCCAACUCUCUGCCUGUGCUGGCCACAAUGACUCCUUCACUAGGGGAGGCAGUACCCAGGCCUCACCACCCCAACACUCUGAACUCCAGGACUUUGCUCAGUGAUCUGGACCCUGAAGGCCCACAGAUGUAUGAAGCCAUGUACAACAUUCAGGCCCAGUCUCUCAGUGCCACUCUGCCUUAUCAAGCCACCGAUUCAGACUACUCGGAGUUGCCUCCAUCGGUGAGCAGUAACGGGCCACAUGAGGCAGAUUGUGAGGACGAGGAGGAAGAGAAUGGCUAUGACAUUCCCAAACCGCCUCUGCCAUUAGGUCGACGCACACUGUCUGAAGCCAGCAGCUCAUCCACAACAUUUAGCCGCUUGUCUAUGGACGGCGAACCUGGAACGUCAGUCUCGUUCGAAUCCGCCGAGGCUCCCGAGCGGCCUCCGAAACCCCUUCCGCGACGCAUCAACUCUGACCGCAGGCCGAGCCCCGUUCCCCCAACGGCUGCGUCCAGCAACCCGCAGAUCAGCAGUGAGAUCGAACUACUCAUGAGCCAGGGCUACUCCCAUCAGGACAUCCAGAAAGCUCUGAUGAUCGCGCAGAACAACAUUGAGAUGGCCAAGAAUAUCCUACGCGAGUUUGUGUCUGUCCCCACCACGGCACACAUUCUCACAUAGCAGCUUUUCCUGAUCCAGAGUCCCAUCUCUCCCUCUCUAUGCUCCAGGGCAGUCUUCCCAUGAGUGUAUGUCAUUCAUGUGUGAGGCACAGGCCUUAUCCAGCUCCUGCAUGCUGUUAGACAGCAGGAGCACCGUUCUUGAAGUCAGCCUCAUGGCAUUGCACAUCCAUUUUAGUCAAACUCAAGCAAGGACAAAAAAAAAGUUGUGUUUUAUAUAAUAAUUUAAUUUAUGAGUCCAUAUAGUUAAUAUAUACACAUUUAAUGAUGGAGAGGUUUGGGGGCAGGUCCAGAGUGUGUGGUGUCAUGUGUGUUUCAUGGCAGGGGAAAGGAAGAGACUCAUUAGCACUGCUGUUCUGUCAUGUGGAAAACUGCAACUGAACGUUUGCUGGUGUCAAAAAUGCCUUUAGUGUUGUUCUGGUACUUUCUUGAGGUGUGGGUGUGUGAUUGUGUGUUUGUCAUGUUCUAAAGUGGCAGGGCAUGAGUGCCAGUCUCCACUACGACCUGUUAUUAAUCCGAUCGAACAUCACAAACCAGUGAUGUUCAGACACUUUCAGAUUUCCCUCUCUCUCUCUCUCUCUCUCUGUCUGUAGUGCGGUUGUGUGAUAUCACUGGAUGCUGCCAGUUCAAAAUGGCUUUAACUCUCAUCAGUCACUGCAUUGCCUCUGCUGCUGUGUAGCAUUACUGUAACUGAUCUAUGUUUAUAACGCAGAAUUGGAUAUCGCAGCCUCUCGUGUGCAUCCCGUUACAUCAGACAUGGUGACAGUUUGUAAAUCACGUUCAAAUGCUGGUGCAGACGAAAGCUCGUAUUUAUGUCGUAACCUUUGUUGUGUGUGCGUGUGUGUGUGUGUGUCAUUACUCUCAUGGUGAACGGCAGGCUUUUUUUUUUAGUGUGUGUGCUUUUUCUAGAGUGUUCUCUAACGGAUAAGUGCAGAGUUGGACACAAAGUGCUUUGUGCGAAGGAAGUGUUUGCUUAUACAGUUUCUGUGUUAAAUCAGGACUGAAAUCGCUCUGAUUUCUGUGAGAUUUUGUCUGAAACUGAUCUAAGUGAAAUUAUUAUUAUUAUUAUUAUUAUGACUUUUUUUAUUAUUAUUAUUAUUAUUAUUAUUAAUUCAGAAGUGCUUUACUGCUGCUACUCUUGUUAGUGCUAAACAAUUAAGCCUUAAAUGUAUAUUUGUGAAUAUUGUGUUUAACCUGUUUUAAAGUGACAGUAUCUGUUCGGUUGAAUUUGGUGAUGUAGCAUAUACUUGAAAUCGCGAGCAGCUUGUGUAGCUCCAGGCCCAGGCUGACUUCUGUCGUUUCUUUUAUUUUCAUUUUCUCUUUGUGGGAUAACUUUUUUUUUUUUUUGGUCGUUUUUUUUUUUUUUUCUCGUAUUUACGGUGUUCCCGAGACGUCAAACACCCGUCAGCAUCCUCACUGGAGCGUGUACGCAAAUAAGUAAAUGUGAACAAACACCAUCGUUGCAGGAAAAACCUUUUACUUGGUCUUCUUCUCGGUUUCGAGGUUCACUUGUCGGCUUAACCCCUACAUCCUGAAGCGUUAUUGGAGCUAUUUCGUGUUUUAGUCUCCCUAAUUUUCUCAGGAAUAAUGUACAUCCACACAGAGGCUCUAUCAGUAUUGAACGGGAAAUGAAACGUCGUAACCAUAUUCUCUUAUUCAGGGCAGAAGCACUGAAAGACUACUUUAAAGUCUUGGACUAAUUUGACACGUUUCUUAGUGACGAUGGCUUUCCUCAGAUCUCCUCGGAUGUGCUCGGAAAUUCGACGCCCUCGGACACACACCGAGGUUGUAUACAGUGAAAUGGCUAAAUCGCUAUCUUAUGAAGCCCUGGAGGAUCUUCAUGUUCAUAUGUACAUGCUCGUUUAGUUCUACUCCGUAUUUCCCCCUUCGAAAUAUUGCACUGUCAUAGCAGGUACUUCCACAAUAUGAAGCUUGUAGGUACAACCUUGUUCACCAGAAAGUACCAUGAUCAUGCAGGUAUUCUUUCUGACAUGGCAAGCAGGUGAGGAUUCAUAGUUCAGUAUUUUUUUAUUUUUUUUUAUUUUUUCGUUUGCACCAUGUGAAGUAGUGAAGCUUUGUUUUCAGAUCAGAGCUAUUUUUAUUCUAAUUACUGUAUUUCUGUCUGUCUAUAUUGUCGUGUGUGUGUUUGCGUGCGCGUGCCUGUGCGUGCGUGUGUGUUUGUGUGUUGCAAGAUUUCACAAUAUACCAAUUUGUGCUCCGAUACUGUCACUUUAAAAUGAAGCGUAUUAAGUUACUUGUGUAUAGACUACGUGGAAACGGCUAUGUCUGAUUUCAUUUUGCAUUCCUAUACAUGUCAGAAUUUUAUUUUUAUUUUUUCCGUUUUUACUGAUGUGAAUAAUACUGUGAGCAGUGCCAUAUGUCAAGAAAUAUCCUAAAUGAUGUUCUGCUGCCCAGAAUAAGGCCUUGUGAAUGAGUGAACGUGUCCUGGUGUAAGUGAUCUGAUGUUUUGUUUUGUUUCUUCACACUGCACCUUUUGCUUAAGGGGACAAGUGCUUUUGCGGUGAUGUCAUGCCUGACGAGUAGCUGUAGACUGUACAGUCCAAUUUUGACCACGUGAGGGCAGGAUUUCUCCAUUUUACAAGCGUUUCAAGGGUUUUUGUUUUUGUUUUGUUUUUUUCUUCUUCAGUUUCCUACCCCUAAUCCUCCCCUUCUUCUCGUAUCAUUUGGACGUAUGCACAGUACUAUACUGUCAAAUAAAACGAAUAGAAACAAAGAUACUGUCCACAGUCUCUAAUUUUCGGCACUCAUCUGGUACAGAGACUGGUACAGACGUCCACCUGCUGCAGUAUAAGUAAUCUUUGCAUCCUAACAAAGUUUCUGGUCAAUUGUUUAUUUAUUUUUGAAUGAGUCAGUGUUAAAACGUACAGUUAAACUUGUGCAUGUCCUUAUUGUGCAUUAAUGAGAGAGAGAGCGCGCAAGAGCACAAAGCUCGUUUGUGGUCACCUUUGCGAUCAUCAUAUACAUGAUCCAAACUGCCGUCUUCCUCAGUGCCAUGAUCCUUUACAUCUGCUAGUGUGUGAGCUUCAGAAACAUUUCUCUCUUUAGGGUUUAACACUCCUUUAUAUUAGGUUUGAUCUCGCUAAGAUAAAUUGGUUGCACAAGUUCAUUUAAGUUUUUGUUGUAUUUUAUUCAGGUCAAAGCCAAAUAAGUUUGGAUAUGUUGUAGGAAAAUACAGACAUUUUUGUACACACAUACAUGCAGUAUUGGGCAAACAAAUAUACACAUUUAGAGAUAGUAAUGUGUAAUAGUAAGAACUGAACUACAGUUAAAACUCGAUUAUUUGCAGAGCUGGAAAACUGGAAAGCAUUCAAGUGCAAAUGAAAUAGGACACGUUCCCUCUCCUAAUCGCUGGUGUGUUGUUUCCUUUUGUCAAGAAAAAAAGACUAAUAAUAUUUAUUAAUGUUGAUGUACUCCAACCCAGAGAUCCUUCCUUCAUAAUAAAGUCAUCACAGAUUUUGAAUUUCUAUGUUAUUAAAGCCAUUUUGAAAGAA